UUAUAUUUAUCAUCUUAUAAACUUUUAAACAUUUAAUAAAAAGUUUUAUAUAUUACACAUCAAAUAAUAUGACCUCUAUUAUUGUAUUUCGCCCUGGUCCAUCGAAAAGUAAGAUAUAGGUGUGCAAUCGCUUGGCUAGUUGGGAUCGUUUAUUCUAGGACGACUCAGGGCACCAGAGCACCACCACCACUUCAGCACCUCAGGGCUCAGGCCCAAAGCUGCGCCUUUCUCUUUUCCCUCCUCCCGUGCUCCGUAUGUCAACGCGACGCGAACAAAAACAGCACCCGCCCUCUCCACCACCGGUCCACCGCUGCCCUGCCACACAACGAAGGUUCGCCCCCACCACGGUUCCUCCGCUCCCGGCUCCCGCUCGUAUAAAGCCGGCGCCCCUCGCAAGUCGCACCUCCACUAGACCACUACUGGCUCUUGCUUGGAUUCCCUCCGCUCCGGCUCUGCUGCCAAGCUCCUCGUCUCGUGCCUCCUACGCCAUUGGGCUAGCUGCCUGCUCGCCCGCCCCUUGCGCCGGGCAUGGCGGCCACGCUGGACGGAGCUGCCGGAUGCAGGAAGCGCAAGCGCGCGGCGCCUGGCCUUGCCGACCUGCACGACGACAUGCUCGAGCGCGUGCUCGCGCGCCUCCCACCGGCCAGCUACUUCCGCCUCCGGGGCGUCUCCCGCCGGUGGCGCGCCGCGGCGGAGUCCCGCAGCUUCCGCGCCGCCUGCGCGCGCGUCACGGCCCGGGACCCAUGGUUCCUCAUGCUCGAGGACUCCGACCACCAGGACCAGGACCAGGACGAGCGGCGGCCGCGCCCCGCCGCCGUGUUCGACUCCGCCGAGCGCGCCUUGGCGCGGUGGCGUGGCGCGCCGGUGCCGCUGCAGCCGGUGGCCGCCGCGAGCGGGCUCGUGCUCUACCGCGACCCGAGCACGGGUGGCCUCACCGUGGUCAACCCGCUCACGGGCGCGUCCCGCGCGCUCCCGCCGCCGGCGCGCGUGGCGGGCGCGCUGCAGGCCGUCGCCAUGUACGGCUCGCCGUACCGCGUGGUGCUCAUCCUGGGCGAGCUGCCGGAGCUGUCCACGGUGGCGUACGACUCGUCCACGAACGCGUGGAGCGAGCAGGCGGCGCUCUCCCGAAAACCAGAGGUGGAGGGCGCCCCGUCCCGGGAGCGCGUCGCGGAGGUCGGCGACGGCGACGGCGACGACACGGUCUACUUCCUGAGCAAGUCCGGCGACGUGGUGGCCAGCACCAUGCAGCGGAGCGCGUCGCGGCAGUACUCGUCCGCCGUGGCGUGCGGCGGCUGCGGCGGCGGCGACGCCGUGGCCUACUUCCUGAGCCGCUCGGGCACGGUGGUGGCCUGCGACCUGGCGCGCCGCGCGUUCGCGGAGCUGCCCCGGAUCCUGCCCGCCUACCACGAGCACUCCAUCGACGUGGUGGCCUGCGGCGGCGCCGCCUACGCGGUGGUGCUCUCGGAGUUCCUCGACGCCGCGAGCCUCCGCGUGUGGGAGUUCGCGGGGGGCGCGUGGCGGCAGGUGGCCGCGAUGCCGCCCGCCAUGGCGCACGGCUUCCGCGGCGCCAAGGCGGACGUGAACUGCGUCGGCCACGGCGGCCGCCUCAUGGUCUGCGUCAGCUCCAGCUCCGCCGGCGCCGGCGGCUGCUUCUUGUGCGACGUCGGGACCAACCGGUGGGAGGAGCUCCCUCGGCGCGCCGCAGGGGACGGCGACGCCACCACGGGCUUCGUGUCCGCGCUCUCGUUCGAGCCGAGAAUUGAGGCCGCCGUCUGACGAGUCUCAUCUCUCGGAGCCUCGGCAUUGCUGGUUUCUUUUGUGUCUAGUAGUAGUAGAUCGCUUGGCGGCAUCCCUGGUGCCUAGUGAGACAUGGAUUACGCUGCGGGCAUCCUGAUUCCAUGAAUUGUUCGCGUGUGAUUUGAGAUGGUUUCGUGUGAAUCAAAUCACCAAGCCUGCUAGUCCGUCCGUCGCUUCCAUCAUUCCAUGCGUGUUGUGGCAUUGUAGUGCUGCUGCGGAUCCUGUCUGGGCUCAGUGCUCAGGCUGCUGUCGUUUCUCGAGUCUCGUGCCGCUGGGCGCCGAGCCCUCAUCAAUCAGUCAACUUGAGAGCUCA